AUGUUUUUUCCCGACCUAUUUGGUCGAAAUCGUUCGGGCAAUCCCAAUAAUGCAAUGAAUCCAUUAUUUUCUUCACAUUCAUUAGCACUUCAACCAUUUAUACCUCAUAACCCAUUUGGCGGUGACCUAUUGGGUGAAUUUUCAUCAAGUCCGUUUUCAUUGAUGGAUGCAAUGAUGGGUAACAUGCGUUCAGUGAUGGAUCCUCCACGUCUAUUCCAUCCGACACCAUCAAUUAGUGAUACUAAUGCUCCAAUUCAUUCAUUUACAUCCACAACGGUUAUGAGUUACGGCGCGGGUCCUGAUGGGAGACCAAAAGUAUAUCAAGAAUCAACAUCGAGAAGUCGAGGUCCAGGUGGUAUUGAAGAGACACGUCAGGCUGUUAGAGAUUCCGAACGAGGAAUUAAUAAAAUGCACGUUGGCCGACGAAUUGGUGAUAGAAAACAUGUUAUUGAACGUGAAUUGAAUGCUGAAACGGGACAAAUAUCAGAGAAUGUUGAACUAGAAAAUUUGGAUGAAGAAGAAACAGAAGGUUUUAAAAAUGAAUGGAGACAACGUUCGGGUGGUUUAAGACAACCAACUAUGGCUCUGAUUAAUCAUCGACAACCGCCACCAUUACUUGCAAUCGAAGAUGUUUCAUCUGCUCCUCGUAAUCGUAAAAAUCAACAACGAAAACAAACAGUGUCUACUUCACCACUACCACCACCACCACCACCACGUGAAUUUCAUCGAUCAGAUACGAUUGAUUUAACGGACGUACCAGAUUCACCAUUACCAAAUGAUGAUGAUAAUAAUCGUCCGCAUCAGAAAAGAAAAGCAUCACAUUAUCCUCAACAAGAUCGAAAACAUCGUGAUCGAAAUAAUCGAUUUUAA